CUAUAGAAAAAUUGAAACCUCUGUAACUUUUGACUCCGACCACUUAGGCGUAUACAAACGCAAUGGUUUUAAGCUAGUAACAAAUAAAGUUAAUAGAUAAGACGAUAGAUUAACAAUUAUAAAAAAUGCAGUCAUACGGUUAUGCUAUAAAACGACUGCUGUCACCGUAUUCUUUAUUUAUGACAACUUCAACAGCAGGAUUACAAUCCUUUGACCCGGGAAAUCAUUUUAAAGAUGUUGAAUAUCCUGCACGUGUUAAGCUUAGAGUUGUUCAAAAACAACCUCAGUAUCCAAGUAACAUGCGUCCUUAUAAAAUGCAGAAAAAAUUGAGAUUAAUGAGAGGACCUGAAUUAUAUCACAAUACUUUAUUACACAAACAGUAUGGAGUAAUAGCAACUGGAGGUGGCAGAAUGAAAUAUAAUCAUUUUGAAUUUAUACGGUUCAUAUUAUACAAAAACAUUGAUUACAAGGUAGCAUUUGCACUUUGGAGAAUCCCAGAUCCUUGGCAACCAAUUACCAAGAAGAGUCAUGGAUCACGUAUGGGAGGUGGUAAAGGAAACAUAGAUCAUUAUGCCACUCCAGUAAAGGCAGGGCAAGUAAUAUUUGAAAUUGGAGGAAAAAUUGAAUUUUUCGAGGUGAAGCGUCAUUUAAAUAACAUUGCGAAGAACUUGCCUUUUGAUGCUAUGGUUAUUACUCAAGAAAUGAUGGAAGCAAUGGCAAAGAAAAAGAAAAAAUUAGAGGAGAAGAAUCAGAAUCCAUGGACAUGGAAAUAUAUCAUUCAAAAUGAUCUACUGGGUUCACUGAAAUGGAUAUCAAAAUACGACAGGCGGUGGUUCAACGAAUAUGUUUAAUGAUAAUCUGUAUGAAUUUGUAAAUAUUUAUGAAUAAACAAUGGAAAUGCUAAAAAAAAUGAUCUGCAGUUUAUUGCAUACAUCUGAAAAGUAUUUGUGCACCAUUCACGAAGAGUUAUUUAAGCGUGAACGUCAAGAAAUAAGUUGCGAUCAAAGAAAGUUCCUCGAAGCUUUGAAACUUGAACGACACGUACCGAUUUUUAUGGGACGAUGAACAAAAUUCGAACAACAUCGAUAUGUUACAAUUACAAUAUUUUAUAUAUCUUUGAUGACGGUUUGGUGGUAACAACAGGUAAAUACUACAUAUUGUACAUUGAGUAGGCGAUAGUCGUAUCUUAUUGUUUAAUUAGCGUAUCGGUUACGCCGAUGGCGACGUCCACCACGGCGACAACACCAACGACAUGUGAAGCACAGUGAAAACAGCGAUAACAACAACAACAACAACAAUCUCAAUAACAAUAACAACAACAGCAACGAUGACUAUGUGAUCGAUAGAAGAAGAAUAUUAAUUAUAAUUUGUAAUUCAAUAAUAAAGGAUAAAUACAGAAAAUGAUGGUCGUUAUUAUGAAUAUAUGCCAGCUAUGAGAACAAUACUAUCUAUAUUAGGUAGCGAGAGAAAGAUUAAAUCUGCUAGAAAAGCAUCGUUGAUUAUUGCCAUUGUCGUCGUGGACGCGGUCGUCAUCGCCGUCCUCGUCGUCUUUUCUUUUCGCAGGCGUCGUCGUCGUCGUCGACGAUUAUUAUUACUUUCGACGUUUCCGUCGAUCGUUUUAUCCGCAUUUAUCACACUUAAACGUAGAUACAGCGACAUCGUGUCUGAGGAAUGUGUGUGAAUGCAGAGUCUCAGCAUUGCGACGAUAUUCUAUUACAAUAUACGUUUAUAUAUGUAUAUUUAAGAAUCCUCCCUGAUCGGUGGGAACUUAUCAAAAAUAAAAAAAGGGGAAAAGAGAGACCGGCAGUUUCGACUUGUGGUUCGUCUCGAAGACGGUUCCGUCUAUAGGGACGAGCGGAUAUCUUAUCGCAUUUAAACAAAACUCUCUUCAACUUUGUGUACAAAAUUCGGCGUUGUGAGUUGCAUCGUGCUCUCUGGACUGGUUCCUCCGUUCGAUCGAAUCGUAUCCGCAGCGUUUCCGAUCGAACGUGAACAGGAAAACUAGUUAAUAGUUUUUUAAAAUAGCGCUAGUAAUUAAUAAUAUUGUAGUAGCAUCGUGGCCAGAGAGGAAUGAUCGAUCGAGCGAACGGAUACAAGUACCAUAAGCGCCUUCUGAAGAGUAACACACCGCUUCCGUUCGGCUUCCUCUUUACGGAAUCGCGAGUUUCGAACGAGAAACAAGGAAAUGCGUGUGUAUGUACAGUUGUGACCGACGACCAGAGCUGGAGGAAAUAGUAUUCUAAGUAAAAAAUAGUAACUGUAAGAUCGAUUUGUACGUCGAUAGUGUAACAGGGGCGAAUCGAUACGAUGCGGUUUUCCUUUCUAACAUCAGUUGCAAACAAGCGAACAUACAACGCAAGCUCUCUCUUUCUUUCUCUCCACUAUUUUCUAAAUAGUAAAUACUAUUUUUGUCCGGCUCUGCACUGUACCCCUCGUCCCGAGGAUUCGUCGAGGGACGAGGGGCACCCUCGGCGCGAAGAUUAGAUUAGGAGUAAUUAGCGCGUGUCUCACUCACUGUACUCGAUAUGAUUGAUUCGUUCACGGUCCCGUCGUCUCGCUCGCAAGAUGUAUCCACGAGAAAAUGAAAAGUAUAGCUGACGGGUAGAGGACGCGAAACGACGGCACUUCCUCUUCGUUUGAUCGUUUUCGAGGAUACAUACAUUUAAUCGGGCGAAAGGCAACGUAGAUCGCGCUUCGCGGUUUAUUAGUAUUUAAUAAUAAUGCGUUAGUUAAGCUAUAAGACUAGAUUCUCGGCGGGGUAUCUCGCGUUCUCUCCACCACCUUUUAACCCUUUACAUCGAUUUCAAAGUCUGUACGGAACGUACGAAAUUGGCGAAAAUAAAAUGACGCGAAAUGUCGCCUAAGUGUUUGUAUUUAACUUACGAAUGAAAAGUUGCAAAGGGCUAACGUGCAUGGGUCGCAUCGACGCUCUCCGGACGCUGAUCAGGACGUCCGUUCUCUUUUUCUCCGUGUUCGUCGACAUUAUAUCACUAUAUCCCACGCUUGGACGUACUAACACACAACUUACAGAUACGUACAUACUUAGACACGUAGUCCUUAGAUGCCUAUAUAAGAUAGGGUGAUCUGUUCAGGGAUUUGUGAUUUCAUAUAGAUCAUGGCACACCUGCCGACUGAUCGCUUCGAAGUACGUCCUUCGGUUAUGUCGGAUUUCUUUUCAGCGGACAGGUAACUCGUCGUUACAAACGGAGGAACAAAAUUAUCUCGAAUUAUUCCUUUAGUAACAUUAUUGUACAUAGAUAUGACACCUUUGAGGACACCUUUGUACUUGUUACAUUCAAAUACCUAUGCAUGCUGUACAAAGUUCUUUAACACAUUCCAAGUCAAGAAUAUCGUAAAAUAAUAUAGAAAAGUGUAUAAGGAAUAAAACUGAAGAGUAGUCUACCUAUAAGAAUUAAAAGAUAAAAUUCCACUUUUGGGUGCCGUCGCAUAAAGCAUCAAUAACUCGAAGGUGUUAAAGAAAAGUACAACUUGUCACGUCAGUCUUCUAUAUGUAUAACAUAAUAUAAAAAAAACAAAAUA